GGGAAAAGCAACCGAGUUUAACGAGAAGGGUAUCGAGUACACCGCAGAAACACGAUGAUGAUUAUGAUGAUACCAGGGUGGUUCACAGGCCAAGACAUGUCUAACCGAAAAGAAAGCAGCAGCCCAACAGUCUUGCGUCUUCCCCGAGCUUACUGUGGACGUACCGGUAUGCAGACGGGACGGAGCUGUGGGGGAGGACGGCUUUGAAUUCCCGGUUCAGUAAGGGGCUGGAUCCGAAGGGUCCAAGGUCGUGUAAGGCAAGGUACCGACAGAUCAACGGGCGCUUCUCUCGUCAGGUUGGCUGACACUGAAGUACGGAUACGUAUCUCAGUUGGUUGCGCGCCAGAGGAUGACAUUAUCUGAGGGACAUGUGCCCGCCCCCCCCUCCUCUGCCGCUUGCUUCGAUGGUGUUGAUGUUGGCCGGCAAUCUCUAUUGCACCUCUCUUUCUCCCAUUCUUCUCCUCCACCUCCUCGCCCUCCUCCUCCUCCUUCUUCUACGCCCUCGUGUGUCUGGGUGUUGCUUUUCAGUCAUCUUGUCUGUUCUUAUUCUCUGCACGGGCACGAUCGUCGCGCAACGGCCAACGAGCUCGUCGAAGACGCCAGCCGCCACUUCCAAUUACCGAGCCGGUCGAGCGCUAGUAGUCGCAAGCGAACGGGCGUCGGCCAGGCAAGCAAUUUGCUGGGAUAAGGCGGAAGAAGCGGAGGUAUCGAACCGAAACCUACACGGAACGCCCUGGGCGGUGGACCGAAAGCAGCCCGAGGAAGAAAGGGAUAAAAGGAAGCAAGAAGAAAAAGAAGAAGAAGAAGAAGAAGAAGAAGAAGAAGAAACGAAAGACAGAACGAAACAAGGCGGCAAGACUGCGACGAAGUCUGACGAAGGCGACGCAUAUAUCGAUCAUCGGGUUUGGCCAUCAUCGGUGGAAUAUCAUACACCAGCCGCUGCUGUGUAUGUGUGUGCGUUGUCACUGUCUGUCGUUGAUAGAUCGUCCUUUGCGAAGGUCAGUAAGCUCACGCAAAGAUUACAUACAUCCAUCAUUCAUCCCCAUCCCCAAAUAUGCAGAUAUCAAUCUCGCUUCCCGCAAAAUCCCCUGCACCCCUCCCUCCCUCGGCUGUCUCGUUCUCGUACGUGUAAUCAACAGUAGCAGAACUGACAGACUGUGUUAACAGCCAAGAGGAAUUGCAAGCAAACAUUCUAGCCUCUGACGAGAAGCCCACCGCCCCCAGAGAGAAGAAACGCGAAGACAAAGGAGAAGAAACCGGAGGAGAAAAAAAAAAGGGCCAUAACGAAACGGCCGCAUCAGCCCAUUGCAGCGGGCGCAACAGACGCACAACGCGCCUAAAACGGGUAAAGGCUCGGGGCACAGCAGCAAUUAGCAGCAACAGCAACAGCAGCAGCCGCAGUAAUAGCCUUCCCUUAGCGGCCCUUGCUUCCCCCCCUGGUACCCAUACCCAGGUUCAGUACCCAGAUUCA